CCACGAUAACGUUGAUUCGGUCCAUGUUGAGCCCGUUCACUUGCUGUAACGUCUGGCUGCCAUAACGAGACUGUACCAAGAAAAAGGGAUGAGUCCAGCCGACGCCGAGGCCCGACGUCGCGAGCGCGGUGUCAUUGCUCAGCGUGAGUACCGCAAGCGACAUGCUUCCAAGGUACAGAAGCUUGAGCAGGAGAAUAGCAAUCUUAAGGAUGCCAUAGCCGAAAUCAAUAGGACUGUCAAGGGACAGUCUGUGUCGGAUGAUCUAAGAGCCGCACUCCGUCGUGCACGAGACCUGGCCGGUAUCACUGAAGACGAUGCCAUGGAUGAUGUCGACGACCAUGAUGCUGAAGAAGUAGGACCAUCUCAAUCACCACCCAACAUCCUAUCCCGGGCACCACCACCAGCAACAACUCAACGCUCAGCAGCGCCAGAGAAUCCAUCAUCAACAUCAGAAAAGCGCAUCCGUGCCAGCGGCAGGUCAAGUCCCCGCCUAGACUACGGCCUCUGGGUAGACACAGACCGCCUCAUCCGCAUCCUUGAACCACCACUCGACAUCGUCCCCUACCUCGGCCCGGGCAUGCACACCCUCGCCGGCUGCAUCUUCUGGUCAACAAUGAACUACACCGUCGACCUCUGGGAUGCCCGCCCUUCUCCGCCCGCCAUCAAAGCUUUGGACCGCAUGUUCAGCCACUCCAAGCACCUUACCGACCGCAAGUAUCUCCUCUCGCUCGCCCAGGCGAGAAUGGACUACAAAAAUAAGGGGUACAUGUUCCGCAAGCUCUCGGACCAGUUCGCCGAGCGGGCGUGCGGGGAAAUUAACCAACUUGUUAGGGAUGAGUGCGAGAAGAAGGGGAGACCGAGCAGGUACUGGAAGACGCCGGAAGAGGUUGCCGGGAAUAUUCUCAACCAGAUUACGACCGACCAGGCUGUGAGGAUGCAGGCUGUUGCGGAAGGCAAGGGGACGCCCUCUGACGGGGAGAUGAUGCAGGCGCUUGUGGGGUGGCUGUCUCAAAACUUUGUGUGCUUCGGCGACGGGCCAAGGUGGAGUACCGUCUGCGUCUCCGUUGGCAUCGGAAGCUGGGUCAGAGAGCUCAUAGAAAGAGACGCUCGCGCAGAGGGAGAGACAACAUCCGGCUCACACGAAACGCCAUCUUGAUUAUUCCGCUUCAUCUUUGAGAGUCAUCCACAUCAAAGCUCCAUCCGCAUGGCUCGCCGAGCCAGCUCGCUUUGCCAACCAGGGGCAUCCCAUCCGUCCUCAUCAUACCCAGAGGAACUACGCCUCGUGGGAACGUCCGCUAUCAGUCCCACACACCCGCCAUUAUAUCUUUUCGGCGGGUUGUCCGAAGCCUCACACCAGAAGAAUGAUCUCCUGCCCUCGAGCCAUUCACUCUCAGCCAACGCCCCAUCCCACGGCCUCUCCCAGUCACCGGCAUAGAAAACGACCUUCUUCAACAAAUCGCCAACCUUCUUCUCCCGCAAGUGUCCCCACAGCUGCGAGGCCUGUUCAAUCUCCAGCGGCGGCUGGGCCAUGGACUCUACUCCGCUGCUGCAAUCCGACGCCUCGCCCAUCUUCCAUUGCUCGUAGCCAUAGAUCCCCUCUGUGGAGGCACCCAGCUGCCGCCGGCACUCGCUCGCAAACUCCAAAAAGAUUGUAAUGUUGGUCAGUUUCGGGAAGUUGGUCACCAGCGCGUCAAAGUGCUCCAUUGGCCAUGUUCCGUUCCGGUUGAUGUCGAGGGUAAUGCUUUCCAAGUUCGGCGCCAUGCGGCCGAGUUCUGCGAGUUCUUCCGCCGUCAUCACCCUCCGUUGUCGAAUUCCGCUUUCCGCCUCGCGCCAUUCGAGGCUUUUGAGAGACUGCGCGUGGUGUCGUAUGAUAGGCAGCACAGAGGCGCCGGUCUCGCGGCUGAAUAUCCACGACAGAUGGGUCAGCGAGUUCUCGGGAACCCCCAAGAUGAGGUCUUUUGCCCAGGCGCCAUAGACCUUUAACGACUGGAGCGAUUUCAAGUGUGGGACCAGCUUCGUCACGUCAGGAUACUCGUCGAAUCUGGGUCUGAGUGUGAGGUUCUUGAUGCUCCCGAAAUCCAUGGCAUCCAGCCACAAGUCCAGAUUCGUAUUGUCCUUUUGCUCCGCGGAUAACGGGAGAUACCUCAACCACUUCCAGGCUCUACCAGAGCCAAUCCACUCCAUCCUAUCCCAAAAUUUGGAACCCGUCCGAAACGGCGGCUCCUGGAUCUCGUCCCAUAUCCGAUCGCCGAAAUGAUAGCCCUCUAGGUCUAGUGACUCCAG